AAAGGAAAGGUGUAAGUCUAAGGAGGUCUGAAGUCUUGAACUCAAGCAACAUCCAAGCUUCAGUUGUGGCAACACGUUCUGGGAGACUCCUUCACAAGUACCGUGUAUCGGCCACAACUGCCAUGGCACGGAAGAAGGCCAGGGUGGCUAAACUCUCCUCCAUACGUCCAAAACAAAAGCUGUCAAGGAUUUUGCAAAGACUGGGUGGCACAGUAUCAUAUCCAGAAAGCAGACCAACCAGGGUAACACGUAGCAAAGUUGAAGGCAAGGAAGAGGCUGCCAAUGAGAAAAGCAAUGAAGAGGAGGAUCCAAAGGUAAAGCCUGAUGAAGAAAAGCAAAGCGAGACAAAGACAGAGACUACAAAGGGGAAUUCCCCAGAAGCAGCCCCUGCAGGGCCUUCCAAUAGACUGAUAAGGAAGAAGGAAGAGAGAAAGAAGUUCAUUAUGAAAAGAGUUGUCAGAGUUAGAAAAGGAUAA